AUGGACCGAGAAGAAGUUAAGAAUGAAGGAGAAGAAGUUAUAGAUGAAGAAGAAGUUAAGAAAGGAGAAGAAGUUAAGAAAGGAGAAGAAGUUAAGAAUGGAUCAAAAGUUAAGGAAGGAAAAGAAAAAAAGAAGUUACGAAAAGAGAAAUUAAGGAAGAAGAAGAAGAAGUUAAAGAUGAAGAAGAAGUUAAGAAAGGAGAAAAAGUUAAGAAUGGAUAAGAAGUUAAGGAAGGAAAAGAAGUUAGGAAAAAAGAAGAAGUUAAGAAAAAAGAAGAAAUUAAGGAAGGAGAAGAAGUUAAUGAUGGAGAAGAAGUUAAGGUAUGAGAGUGAGAUAAUGAGAAGAAGUUACAAACAAAUAAUUAAAGGAGGAGAAGAAGUUAAGGAUGUGGAGACAGUUAAGGAAGGAGAAAAUAUUAAGCAUGGAGACGUUAAGGCAUGGGAAUAA